AUGCCCAUGCUUUCUUCUUCACGACACUUCAUUCCCACUACUACGCUAACGUCGUCGUUUCACUCUCCUCUUUCCCCAAAACGCUGUUUUCUCCUCCGUUUCUCUUCCAACCAGAUUUCACUACCCAUGGCUGAAUCAGAUAACGACAGUACAAACUCAUCAUCAAUACAAUCACAGCCACGACGUGAAGAUGAAUAUUUUAUGGUGGGCACUAUUCCUGUACCGCUGCAUAAAAAGAAAAAUACUUUAUGUUGUAAUCAUUUACCUUUUCCAGCAACUAGUACUGUUUAUGAUCAAAGUAAAUUCAAGAGGAGAAUUUGCGUCGACUUAGAAAUGGGACAACGCAACGGGAAUAACUCUAGUGAAUCUAGGUUUUGUUCCAGUUUUGAUGAUAAUAAUAGUAGUAAUAUAUCUCCAACAAAGACAUUGUCAGUGACUAAAAAGUUCACAAGCCACCGUUAUGAAUCACCUCAUCAAAGUCGUUUUUGGAAGAAGGAUAACACUGCAUCGAAUGAUAGACGAUAUAAUAAAAGGCAAAUAAAAUUUAACUAUGACAUAUGUUUUCGUGGUAAGAGAAAUUCUACUUGGACAGGAGUUACACCUGCAGAAAAGAACAAGGAAAACUGCAUUGAAUUUGAGAUGCAGGAGGAAGGAACUAAUGAAGGGAUACUGAGGCCAGGGAUGGUUCUACUGAAGCAUCACUUAACACAUAAUGAGCAGGUAGAAAUAGUGAAAAGUUGUCGCAAUCUCGGUCUCGGUCCUGGAGGAUUCUAUCAACCGGGCUAUGCAGACGGAGCCAAACUUAGAUUGAUGAUGAUGUGCCUUGGUAUGGACUGGGAUCCUCAAACAAGAAAAUAUGGAUUUAAAAGGGUAAUUGAUGGUAGCCAGCCACCAAGUAUUCCUCCUUACUUUAGUAAGUUGGUUUUAAGAGCUAUACAAGAAGCACAUCAGCUAUAUAAUCGGGAAUCCGGAAUAAGCUAUGUAGAGGAUAUACUACCUUCAAUGACUCCUGAUUUAUGCAUUGUCAAUUUUUAUUCAACUACUGGAAGGCUUGGUCUUCAUCAGGAUCGUGAUGAAAGCAAAGAAAGUCUUAAGAAAGGGUUGCCAGUUGUGUCCUUCUGUAUUGGUGAUUCAGCAGAAUUUCUUUAUGGAGAUCAAAGGAAUGUUGAGAAGGCAGAGAGUGUACUUCUAGAAUCAGGAGAUGUUCUUAUAUUUGGUGGUGAUUCUCGACAUGUCUAUCAUGGUGUCUCAUCUAUCAUACCAAAUUCAGCACCAGAGGAAUUGGUUCAUGAUACCGGUCUUUGUCCUGGUCGCCUCAAUCUUACAUUUAGACAGUAUUGA